AUGGCCAACUACAAAGAAAUCUUCGAAACAUGUUCAAUCCUCCUAUUCAUCUACGUCAUAGCCGAUCUAAUCGAAGACAUGGUUAUAAUCAGUUUAAUAGCAUUGGUCACCCGCAAAUUUCUCUGUGAAGCUUCUCAGAUAUAUGAUAAACGUUGGGAUAAGAUUCUCAAAUGGGCUUCUUCAUUCUUGACUUCUGAGGAGGAGGAGAAAAAGGAGGAAAAAAAGACUACCAUAAUUGAUGCAGAUAUCCCCGAAACUCCAAAAUCUAUAGAUUCUCUCAACGACCUUAACCAAGGACAAAGUCCCACGAUUAAAAAAUCAGAAGUCGCACCCUUGGAAAUCCCCACCAAUAGAUCAACUCCGGAUCCACCAGUCGUCAGCUCCUCAACAAUUUCCUCCCUCCUUACAGCCAUCACUACGGAAUCCUCAGAAAUCUCAGGUCGGACCUGGGAACUUUUUUACUUGGAUACGGUGUACAAGAGGGGUAAUUCUUUAUGGGUUGAAUGGAGGAAUGAAGAGAGGUUUGAGGCGUGGGUGAGGAGGAAUGGGUGGAUUGCGCUUACGGAGGAGGAGAUUGAGACGUUGGAGAGGUGGAGAGGGUGGCUUUUGCUUUUGGCGUUUCCGAUGUAUUGGGGGGGGGGGGGGGGAGGAUAG